AUGUCGCGCUCCAGGGGCUCCACGCCCGAGGAUGAGGAUGCCUAUGACCUUGCCAUCCUAAAGGACGCCGAGCGUGCCGUCUCGGAGGGCUAUCAACCUUCACGCGCGACGUGGGAUGCAGCUGCUAAGUCGGUCGUCGCGGGAACCCUGAAUUCUCUCAGCGACGUCGCUCUGGCUGUGUAUGGUUCACGCGAGAACACGCCGACUUCGUCCACGGACUCCUUCGUCGACGACGGCCGCGGUCCCAACCACCAUAUACCCAGCUUCUUGCAGCUGCCUCUGACUACGAAGAGUGUGCGCGCUGUCAUACAAGAUGCAUUGCCGGGUCACAACAUCGACGUUCCCGCUUGCCAUCGCGCCGCCUCACACCCGUAUGGUCUAUGGUGCUGCCCCUCCCCCGACUGUUCGUACUUCCUGGACCUUCUCCACUUACGGCCGGGGGAGGCCAGCUUUGCUCUACAGUGGGACGCUAUCAAAGCCGGCGUCAUCAAACGCUCCUCUGGCGAGGCUCGCAUCAAGCCGGGCGACCCGACCAUGGCGCGUAUACUCCUGCAACUUUUGUCCAAUCGUCAUCUGGACGUUGCACAUCUGGGCAGGCGUGGCUUGGAGAUGGUUGUCUCGUGCUCGGAGUUCAUGACUGAGGCGCAGCUCGUAACUUGGCGUUGGAAAGCAGACUGGCUCGAGCUUAUGCCCGACAUACAGGACGCUGCCGACGACGACGAGCGAGGACUGACCUUCGCGCUUCGCCGGUGGCUCUCUGAGAAGGGCGCGCGCGCGUGCGAUCGAUUGCGCCGAGGUCUCUGGAUCAGAUAUAGACUCUGGGCCCGCACAGACCGGGCAUGGCGCCAGGAUAUUGUACGGUCGGCGCUAGAGGCUGGCGAAGACGAUCACACUGUUGCGCUCAAGCUAGCCUUUGAGUGCCGUAUGGCCGAUUUCAGCGCCGAAGGCCGAGCGGCCUUGGACGCCCAGGCGACGGCGCAGGCUCUCGAUCGCGAUGUCGAGAACUUCACACAGCUGACGGUCCGCCCGUGGCCCCGCGAAUAUUUUACCUGGGAGGGUCUGUCAGAUAAGGAACGCGCCGACCUCACUGCAGCUUACGCGUCGGGCGACCACAAUGCGCUGUUGAAGUGCGAACGCCGCGUGUACCACUACCCCUGGCUCAGCAGCUGGUGA